AUGACGCAAGACCUCCAUCGCACGCCAACCAUCGGCUCUGGUCGAGGGCAGACCGACCCGUUAUCGCUACCCUACGGCACGGUAGCAGACGGCGCCAAUCUCGACGAGUUCGUCACCGAGACAAAGUCCGGAAAUAUCGUCAAGCCAGUAAAGUCUAACGUCACCGGCGAGGAAGACUACAACUUGGUCACCUUCACAAUCGAUGAUCCCGACAACCCCAAGAACUGGUCCAAAGCCUACAAAUGGUGGUGCACUAUUGUCGUCGCUUUCACCUGUUUCGUCGUGGCCUUUGCCAGUAGUGUCAUCACGGCGGACCUCGAGGGCGUGGGUGAAGAGUUCCAUGUGUCUCGCGAGGUGACUAUGCUGCCAAUUACUGUUUUCGUGGUGGGAUUUGGUGUUGGUCCCAUGCUUUUCGCUCCUCUAUCGGAGGUCGUCGGUCGCAGACCUAUUUAUGCAGUCACCCUACUCCUGGCUGUUAUCUUCGUCAUCCCUUGCGCAGUCGCUCCGAAUAUUGGCACGUUGAUUGUCUGUCGUACUAUAGACGGAAUCGCUUUCAGCGCUCCCAUGACCCUCGUUGGCGGCACACUGGCCGAUCUUUGGAAGAACGAAGAACGAGGUGUGCCUAUGGCAACUUUCAGCGCGGCACCUUUCCUGGGCCCGGCCAUUGGUCCUCUGGUGGGUGGGUUCCUCGGAGACGCCAAAGGUUGGAGAUGGCUGUAUUGGAUCCAGCUUAUCCUUUCCGGCGCGGCGUGGUUCUUGAUCACCUUCACUGUGAAGGAAACUUACGCUCCGUCGAUCUUGAAGAAGAGGGCGCAGAAACUUCGCAAGGCUGAAAAUAAUGAUAAAUAUGUCACUGAACAGGAGCUGGAUCCGCGUCCUCUGCUGGAGAGACUGCGUAUUUUCAUCGCUCGGCCGUUCCAGCUUCUCUUUUUGGAGCCGAUCGUGAUGUUCAUUUCCUUGUAUAUGUCGGUUCUCUAUGGCCUUCUAUAUAUGUUUUUCGUUGCGUAUCCGAUCGUAUACCAAGCCGGUAAAGGCUGGAGCGCAAGUAAGACGGGAUUGAUGUUCAUUCCAUUGGCCAUCGGAGUUGUUCUCAGCGCAGCGUGCUCACCCUUCGUCAACAAACACUAUUUGAAACUGUGCGACCAAUACAACGGGAAGCCUCCGGCCGAGAAACGCCUGAUCCCCAUGAUGUUUUCCUGCUGGUGCAUCCCCCUAGGAUUGUUUAUCUUCGCAUGGACAUCCUAUCCUCGCGUGCACUGGCUAGGUCCAGCCAUGGGUGGAUUUCCGAUUGGAUAUGGAUUCAUCUUCUUGUAUAACUCCGCUAACAAUUAUCUCGUGGACACCUACCAACAUCAAGCAGCGUCUGCUUUGGCCGCUAAGACCUUCAUCCGGUCGAUUUGGGGCGCGGCCACCGUGCUGUUUACGGAGCAGAUGUACGAUCGGCUCGGGUAUCAGUGGGCCAGUACGCUGCUUGCUUUCAUCGCACUGGCCUGCUGCGCUAUUCCGUAUGUGUUCUACUUCAAGGGCGAGGCGAUCCGUCGUUAUUCCAAGUUCGCCUUUAGCGAGGACGAGGAGAAUACCAAGGCUUGA